AUGCUGACGUUUAAUAUCAAUGCAUUGAAGGACAAGUCACUCGACGUUGAUCCAGAUUUGCGGUUCAUGGCCCUUGAAGAUUUCAGAAAGGGAUUGCCAGCAGAGAAGGCUAAUACACCUAAUCAAGCGAUUGAAGCUUUCAUACCCGUCUUAUUUCGAUUAUUAAAAGAUGAAAAUUCUUACGUGCAGAAUCUGGCGGUUAAGUCUUUUGAACCAAUAAUCGGAUUCAUCAGUGAUAAAGCUUUGAUAAAAAUGGUACAAGGCUUAUUCUCAUUGGCUGUUAUUGAUCAAAGUGAUAGUACGCGAGGUCUCAAAAGUUUUACAACCUCAAUUCCAACUAUGACUUUAAAGUCCUUAUUAAAUUCUCCAAUUUUAUUAGAUAAGAAAGAUGUAUGCAGAAAAAUUAUGGAGUUUGUUCUUCCUAAAACUAAAGAGCUUUCUGUAACAAUUGAUGUGGUGGAAAUAUUGGCGGAUUUGACAAAGAAUCUAUCAUACGUAUUGGUCAAAGAUGAGAUAUACAAUCUAUUGGUUUACUUAUUAGAUUUGAUUGUAAACCAUAAAGGUAUUAUCAGUAAGAGGUCAAUUGCGUCAUUUGAAUACCUUUUUAAGUAUGUGAAAGAUUCAGAUAUCAAAACCAAGAUUUUAACACUUAUUCAGCGAGUCUCAGAUGUUUUAGUCAAAUUUCAACUUUAUUCAAUUGCAUUCAAGAAUAAGGUUAGCGUUAACGAUAAAUUAGUUCAAGAUGUAUUUGGUGAAGUUGUACAAGCAUUGGAUAUAAAUCAGUCUUCCAUUGAUCUUGAUGAUUUUGACUAUGACUCCUUGGUAGAAUUAAACAUAAUUAGGGAACAGUCGUUGACAUUAUUAGCUGACAUGUUGGAUAUUUUGACUCCAUUUUAUGACAAAGUUUUUGAUAUAAUAUUCCAUUUCUUAAGUUUCAAUCCACUUCAGAGAGAUGAUCUUGACACAUUUAUUGAUUCAGAUGAUGAUAUCGACUUUGAGGAUGAAGAAGAAAUAGAAGAUAAUUUCGGUGAUGACGAUAAUCUGUGGAAAUUAAGAUUAAAGUCUUGUGAGAUCUUACAACUUUGUAUAUCCGAAUCUUCUUUAUUUUUUCCAAAACUAAGCCAGUCCUUAGUGUCUAAAAUUCCUGUGGAUGAUACAAAUGAUUUGGUGUCAAAUGAAGCCUUAAAAACGUUCAUCAGCAUUGCUAGUACAUUUAGUACAUCAGAUGAUGAAAGAUUUACGUAUAUUAAGCUGCGGGUGUCUGGUAUUCUUCAGAUCAAAAGCAAGAUUGGUCAAUUUCCCACACUUUUUGCAUUAAUAAAGGAGAUGAACCGUUUUCAAGAUGGUACCAUAAUCUCUGAUACAUUUAGUAGCUUUAAAAGCUUAACCAUAAAUUCGAGAGGAGCAUCAGAAUAUUUGUCAUUUUAUAAUAGUGUGCUUGAUACUUACGUUAGAGAAGGUGCUUUGUCUAAUAGCACAGUUGACUUUAUGGCGAAUGAUUUAAUUUCUGCUCUUGACGAAAAAGGAAUUUCUGUAUUGACUGAAAUUAUGAGAACAUUAAAAAAGCUCUUAAAGAAUCCAAAUAGCAUAUUUAUUUGCAAUGAUUUGGUUGUGGAAUUGAAAGUAGCAUUAUUGUCCAAAGUUUCCAAUGCCAGAACAUAUAGUAGUGAUUUUAUUCAAAAUUGUAUCGAUGUUGUUGCAGUCCUUGCUACUACCAUUGUAAAAAACGAUGUCGAAAUUGUGGAUGUCUUAUGGAACUGUUUAAGUAAUGAGAUUCUUUCCAAGACCUCACUAGAAGCUUUACUUGUAAUUUAUUCAUCAGAAUCAACCAUAAGUGGAGCCAUUUCAUUAUCAGAGUUGUCAAGAUUGAUUAGCAAAGGUGAUGAAAGUACUUACAUUUUAGCUUUAGAUUUGGCAUAUUUGGUGAUUCCAAAGACGACUCUACUGACUGAUGACAUAAUAGACGUCAUUUUAAGACGAAAGGGUGAAAACGAUAUUGGCCGUAUCUUUGCAGUUUUAAAUUUAAUUUUUGUACAAGGUAGAAUGUCACCUAAGUAUCUUCAAGAAAUCAUAGAGUUUUCUAUAAGUUUGGUCAAUUCAGGUACUAUCAAAAUAGAUGAUAAUUCCUUUUUUGAAUUUAUCGGAAAUGUUUCAAGAGCACAAUCUGAUUUGUUUUUUGAUCUCUCUCAACAUCUCAAUUUUAAUUUGGAACUGUCAUCAAAAGCUUUGGCAAUUGUUUGUGUUGGUGCUCAGUUAAAUAAUGAGAUAGAAAAAGCAGAACAAUUAUUUUUGCAGCAAGCUGAUAGUUUCUUGUUCAGCAUUCAGUUUUUGGGUUAUGUAGGGAAAUAUAUUCCCUUCAAAAACAUAAGUGCCUUAGAUUUCUUCAAAUUAUUGAAUAAUGUGAACGAUGAAGCAACGAAAGAAGCUAUUGCUGUUGCCAUUGGAAAUUUCACUUUAAAAAAUAUAACUGAAGGACUUGAUAUCUUGUUGGAAAACUUUUCUGCUACUGAUUCAAAAAACAGCAUUUUCCUUAUCACUUCCUUUAGAUUAAUUUUACCGGAUUGCACCAAGGAACAGUUAGAACUGAUUUGGAAAAAGGUAUGGCUGGAAACUAAAAAAUUACCCUUUGAUCACUCUGUGUGUUUACAAUUGAGGUCUAUUGGUGACUUGUUAGGAGAUAUAGUAGUUCAACAUAAUGUAUUGGUAUAUUCCAUUUUAGAAAAAUAUGGAGAUAAUACCAUUUCAGAGUUCAAUUUCACAGAGAUUUAUACUAUUUCAGUUGUAUUGAAGCAGUUAAUAAACAAGCUUGAUAAUUCGGAAGAAUCUCUUUCCAUAUUAGAAAAAUUGAUUAGAAUUUCAGCUUAUUGGACAGACUUACUAAGCAUUGAUAUAAGACAGCUAGUUAUUGGAAAUUUUUUGACGGCCUUACAUACUAUUCCCUCCAUAGUCUUAUGUCAUCUACAAUCCCUAAUUCUUCCACAAUUGUAUAAACAGUUGAGUGCAGAAGAAAAGUUUAAAAAAAUUAUUCUGAUGGGUCCAUCUAAAUACAUCCUUGACGAAGGGUUAGAAAUUAGAAAGUUGACUUACGAAUUUUUAUACGCAUUGUUAUCAUUUGCUAAUGAAACUUUAACUCAGUAUAAUAUUAGUUUGUAUGAGAUUGGAAUCAAUAUAGUAAACAAAGGUUUAAAGGAUGAACAGGUAGAUAUUAUAGUUUUGGCUUGCAUUAAUAUCAUUAAUUUUCUUAAUAAUCACGAGCAAGAAUUUGUGGAUAUUAUCUUGUCUGGUGAUGGAGAAAUCCUAAUCAGUAUUAUCGGUAGUUUGAAAAAGCUGUUAGAUAAAAAGUUGUCUGACAAGGCAUCUUCACAAGAAACGGAAAAUCACCAAGAAAGAAUGAAAGCUGUGACUAAAUCAAGCAAGAGGCUUGCUCGUUCAAUUGACACACUUCAAUGCAUACUACCACCCGCUGCAGAGCUCGCUUGGCUGGAAUAUAUUGUAAACUUAAAGACGAAGUAUUCAAUUUAUUACAUGAGUUCUGAGGAUGAUUAUUCCAAGUAA